AUGAACGUCUCUAACAAUGACCUCCUCAUCAGCUUUGAUGUUGAGUCAUUGUUCACAAGUGUACCAGUUAAGGAUGCUUGCGCCAUCAUCCUUGAGAGAUUGAAAUUUGACAGAACUCUCCCUGACAGGACACAGUUGUCUCCUCUAGAGAUCCAUGACCUGCUUGAGAUGUGCCUCAAUUCCACCUCUUUCAGAUGGAGAGACACAUUCUACAGGCAAACGGAAGGGGCUGCCAUGGGGUCUCCCCUGUCCCCAGUGGUAGCCAACAUGUUCAUGGAACAUUUCGAGGAGACGACUCUCCAGUCAGCAACCCACAAACCCAAAGUGUGGCUUAGAUAUGUGGACGACACUUUUGUGGUUUGGCAACACGGUGCUGAGGAAACUAGCAAUUUCUUACAGCACCUCAACUCUCAACACGAAUGUAUCAAGUUCACCAUGGAAAUGGAGAAUGAGGGGUCUAUCCCCUUUCUUGAUACAAAGAUUACGAGGACGGCACAGGGAUCCCUAUCCCAUCAGGUUUAUCGGAAACCUACUCACACUGAUCGGUACUUGAACUAUCGUUCAUUCCACCACCCAUCAGUGCUGAGAUCCAUCAACAAGACGUUAGUCAAACGAGCGCAUGAGGUUAGUGACCAGAUCCACCUGAGAGGUGAGCUUGAGCAUAUCAAACGUGUUUUGAAAUGUAACAACUACCCCUCACAUAAGAUCUGCACUGAGCUUCCCCCUUCGCGGAACCCUCGUGCAGGACAACCCAAGGCGAGAGUCGUUCUUCCAUAUCUGGGAGCAGCCUCUCACAAAAUUCAGAGGAUUUUGAGAGAAGCCGACAAGAGAGGAAACGUUGAUAAAUGCCUUGUCAAAGGACAUGACUGA